AUGUUCUUCAUCGUCCCUGAACGCAAGGGUUCAAACCCACCUGCUAGUCCGGCUUCGGACAACCCGGCGGCAUCUCCGCCACAGAGAAAGCGCCAGCGUUUGUCUCCCGAACCAGAAGAGAUAUCGGGCUACUAUCCCAAGCGUACGCCAAAGGCAUGCGAUCGAUGCAGGCUCAAAAAAGCCCGCUGUCAAUGGAACGCUGGGAAGAUAUGUGACAAAUGCAAACGGGAUGGAGUCAUUUGCACGACCAACCGAGAAUCGAAAAGAGAACCCAAACCACCGAAUGCGGCAUAUGUCCAACUUGUCGAGUCUCAGAGAGACUGUCUUCUGCGGGCCGUCAGUAAGAUAGUCGAAGGAGGAUUGUCAAACGAUCCGGCAGCGAUGGCGAAAAUGCUGCAGGAAUUGGGCAUUAGCGUUCAAGAUCUCAAGAGAGCGCCUCGGGAGGGUGUUGUCGAUGAUCCUACGACGAAUUUAGACGACGCCGACAUAUAUGAGAAUGCAGCCGAGAUACAGGCGCUUCUGGAUGAUUGGACUUCGGAAAACACAGAUAUCCAAAAGCACAGCUGUUUAUCGACGUUGGUGUCUCGCAACUUUGGAACAUCUCCGUCUUAUUUCGACUCACCACUUCACACCGAAUACCAGUCUGGCGCGACCCAGACGGUAUCGUACACAGCCGCGGAUGCGACAUCCACACUGGAUGCGACGUUCCUGCCAUCACUUGGAACUGAUGAUUGGCUUGCAUUUGACGGCUGCGCUGAUAAUUGGUCAUUACCGUUCUCAGAAUCGCGCAUAGACGGGGUCAAGAGCUCCGUCGGUGCAGGAUGA